GAGCCCCGCGCCCCAGCCCCGGGCCAAGAGGUGUUUACAUGGCGCCACGUGCGGAGUCGCUGAGUCGUAGUGUCACGUUUCUUUCCUCCUGUGUGCCCGCACGUUAAUCUCACCGCCGCCAAAUAUUUCAUGAAGCUGAGGGAUAUGGAGUGAUGAAGUGCAGUGGUCUAGCACCGGCAAAUAAGUGUUUGAACAAGCCAGCCAGCACGGGGCAGCAGCCUCCCUCCCGGCGGUCAUGUCCAUCAAGAAGAUCAACGUGCUGUCCCGCAACCCCGACCACUACCUGCGGGAGACCAAGGAUGACAUCCACAAAGUGCAGAGAAAUUAUGACCCAGCCCUACAUCCCUUUGAGGCCAGCAGAGAAUAUAAACUGGCUCUGAAUUCCGUGAAGCUGGAGAGAGUGUUCGCCAAGCCGUUCAUUGGCAGCCUUACACACACUGAGGCGGUGUCCUCCAUCUGCCGCCACCCAACACGUCUUUCUUGUGCAUUUACUGGCACGGUUGAGGGUGAGCUUCGAUUGUGGGAUAUCUCCAAGAGACACUGUGAGUGGACGGUUCAGGCUCACAAUGGACAGGUCUGGUCCAUCACAGCAGCUCCCGAUGGGAAUGCAUUCUUCACAGUUGGAAAUGACAAGACGAUCAAGAAAUGGUCCCUUGAGAAGGCCAAGGAAGGAAACCAAGAUCUGCCCAUUGAUACUUGGCUCAGUGAUACAAUUGUGACGGGCAUCAGUCACCACAGGCACAAAAAUGAGUUCAUCACCUGCGGGGAGCGAGUCCUGCUGUGGGAUGCCUCCAACAAAGCUCCAAAGUUCUCCUAUGACUGGAGCACAAGUGGAGACAAAAAUGAUGCCAGUGUGGUGUGUGUCAAAUUCAGCCCAGUGGAGACAGACCUCUUUGCAUCCAGUGAUUAUGCAAACAAUAUUGUUCUGUAUGACACGAGGGCAAAAGAGGUGAAAAAAUUGAAGAUGAACUUGCGCAUCAAUGCAUUAGCAUGGAACCCCAUGGAAGCCUUCAUUCUGACAGCUGCCAGUGAGGAUUACAAUGUUUACUCCUUCGACAUAAGAAAGUUGAACACAAAGCAACAAGUGAUAAACAUCCAUGAGGGUCACACGGCAGCAGUCCUUGACAUAGACUACUCCCCCACUGGUCAGGAGUUCUGCACUGCCAGCUAUGACAAGUCCAUCAGGAUAUUCAGGACAGAUGAGGGCCACAGCCGGGAUGUUUAUCACACAAAGAGGAUGUUCAAGGUCAGCUGCGUCCUUUGGUCGGGAGACAACAAGUACAUCCUCUCAGGCUCCUCAGAUCACAAUGUCAGAGUGUGGAAGGCAAAGUCUAAUGAAAAAAUGGGAGUUAUGCGUGCUCGGGAACGUUACGCCAUCAAUUAUGCUGAAGAGCUGAAAAAGAAAUAUGGACACUUCCCUGAGGUGCGCAGAAUUGCUCGUCACCGCCACUUACCCAAACACAUCUACAACGCCAAGAAUGAACACCGCGUCAUGAAGGAGAGCCGGGCCAGGAAAGAGGCCAACAGACGGAAACACUCCAAGGCCGGGGAGGUGCCUCACGUUCCUGCCCGGCGGAAGGUUGUGGUGGGGCUCCAGGAUGAGGACACCAACCUGCCGGGAACCUCAGCUGAUUAGUUAAUGAUAAGGUUUAAUUGAGAAAGGCAAUCAUAACUGACUUAAUCAAGCAAAUGACAGUAGCUUGAACAAGUAUGUAAUCUGUGAGGAGAAAUAUAUCAAGCCCUUUAAAUUAAAAUUUCCUUAAAAUGCAAUAAUAGGUUGUUUACCAUAAACCUUCCUCUACGGUUACAAAAUGAACCUUUCACUUUUUUUCAUAAUUCACAUAAACAGAGCUUAAUAAUAUAAACAUUGGAUGAAUUGUCAAAUAGCUUUUAUCAACUUAACCCGGUAGCAGCGGGGAUCAUGUUUCUUAAUGGUCCCUCUAAGUGAGAUAAAUGAGAAAAAAUCAUCCCUCACACAAAUCAUUUCAUAAUAUAUAUCAAAGCAUUUGUGAUCAGAUUAUGUAUCAUCUAUUUUGGGGGGUUUAUAUCAUGGCACAAAUUUGGCCCGUCACUGCUACACGGUAAAGCCACAAAUUUGGCCCGUCCCUGCUUCUGGGUUAAUUGGAAUACACACACUUCUCACGUGACUGCCUUUGCAAAUUAAAUGAAAGCCAAGUAGCUCUGUGUUUGGCUUGGCAUGAAAAACACGUAAUUAAGGCAGGCUCUUGGGGGAGAGGUCGUGCACUCUUGUGACCCCAUACAAUCUGAAGGGUCUGAAUUGAAACUCGGGUAUAUUUAAUCCUUCUCUGUGUAUGUGUGAGAGUUUUGUACAAUAUGGUUAUAUAUUAAAGUGUUACCUUUCAUAA